CCUUCCCAAAAGACGUUCCGUACCAAGCGCACGCUGGCCAAGAAGCAGCGACAGAACCGACCGCUGCCCCAGUGGAUCCGUAUGCGCACGGACAAUGAUAUCAAGUGGAACGCCAAGCGCCGUCACUGGCGUCGUACGAAGCUGGGUCUGUAA